AUCAAAACGAGGUUUAGUUCGCGAAAUGUUGUCAAAAAUGUUUUUUUAAUUAAUUUCCAAGUUUAUCAUCAUCCUUCUAAAUUGUAUUCAAGAUGAAUGUUAUUUACUAUCUCCCAACUUGAAUCUGCUCAGAUUCAUUUAACUAAAGUGUAGAAAUGUCCGGUUCAGGCAGUCCUGUGUUAGAUGAAAAUGUGAAGCCUGGAGAAUAUGUGCUUCAAUCACUGUUUCUAGAAUUUUGUAAUCUAUCAGAGAAGAAGAUAGAGUUGGUGCUUGCGGAACCAUUGGAGAAAUUAUUGACAAAGUCUUUACAGAAAGGAGAUGAUCAACAAUUUGAUCAAUUACUGAAUGCACUGGGUAAUGUAGCAGAACAAAGUUUACCAUCGCUGUUACAAAGCUUGUUCCGCUGGUAUGAGCGUCAACUGAUGCUAGAUGAGGGCGGACAUGCUGAACCCAGGCUGAGGCAUAGAAGUAAAGGGAGCAAAGAUUACCUGUGUGAGCGUAGAGAUUUGGCUGUUGAGUUUGUGUACUGCCUGGUGCUAAUAGAAGUUUUGACAAAACUGUCUUACCACCCUGGGCAUGAUGAUCUCUCAGGCAAGAUUAUCAGUCAAGCAUUUAAACAUUUCAAGUACAAAGAUGGAUUACAGACCAACCCAAAUGCUGCCAAUAUCAACAUUAUUGCUGACCUAUAUGCUGAGGUUAUUGGUGUACUAGCACUCUCAAGAUUUGCACCAGUACGUAAAACAUUUCUGCUGGAAUUAAGAGAGUUGAAGUUACGUGAUCAAACUCCAUACACUGCUCAAAGCAUCAUUAGCCUUCUGAUGGGCCUGAAGUUCUUCAGAGUCAAGAUGCAUCCAAUAGAGGAUUUUGAACAGAGUGUACAGUUCCUGCAUGACCUUGGUCAUUAUUUCCUAGAGGUCAAGGACAGAGAUAUUAAACAUGCCCUGGCCAGUCUGUUUGUAGAGAUAUUACUUCCAGUUGCUUCAACUGCUAAGCAUGAAGUGAAUGUACCAGUGUUGAAGAAUCUUGUAGAGAUGAUGUAUACACCCUGUGUAGACCUUACCAUGAAGAGAAAACAUUCACAGUCAAUGUUUCCACUAGUCACAUGUUUGCUAUGUGUGAGUCAGAAAACAUUCUUCCUGAACAACUGGCCAUAUUUCCUCACCAACUGUCUCUCUCAACUGAAGAACAAAGAUAAUAAGUUGUCAAGAGUUGCUCUCGAAUCUCUGUCCAGACUGGUGUGGGUAUAUAUGGUGCGUAUAAAGUGUGAGAGUAACCAAGUCACGACCAGUAGAUUACAAAGUGUCAUCAGCAGCUUGUUUCCUAAGGGACAGAAAGUGGUCACACCUAAAGAUAUGCCACUCAACAUCUUCGUGAAAAUCAUCCAGUUCAUUGCUACUGAGCGUUUAGAUUUUGCCAUGAAGGAGAUUAUAUUUGACUUACUGAGUGUUGGAAAGAAAUCCAAUUUUCUCACACCAGAGAGGAUGAGUAUUGGUUUAAGAGCGUUCCUUGUUAUAGCCGAUAGUCUUCAACAGUGUGAUGGUGAUCCACCGAUGCCCCAGUCCAACACCGUGUUCCCAUCAGGCGCGACUGUUCGUGUGAAGAAAACAUUCCUUAACAAAAUGUUAACAGAUGAUAUGGCCAAACAUAUAGGGCUGUCUCAGUAUGUCCCGUACUUACUGAAGACCUUUGAUUCAAUGUUGAGGACAUUGGACCUGAAUGUUGGACGACCUCUACUACUAACAAAGGCUGAAAAUGUGAACAAAGAGCCUGAGGAGUUACUGACUGGUGACAGGAAACCUAAGAUGGACUUAUUCCGUACAUGUAUAGCAGCUAUACCAAGGUUAAUACCAGAUGGGCUCAGUAAGUCAGAACUAGUAGAGUUAGUCACUAGACUUACUGUACACUUUGAUGAAGAACUGAGAGGGUUGGCAUUUCAAGCUUUACAGAAUCUCAUGCAGGAGUCUGAUGUCUGGAAAGAACAGGUGGUCAGAGGUUUUGUACAGUUUAUACAGAAGGAGAUUAGUGAUACAAAUACUCAACAAGCACAACAGCUGGACAGUGCUCUACGUCUGUUGAUGCAAAUCAUUUCUAAAUACAACAAUCAAAAGUAUGUUGGUAUAUCAGGGAGCCUACUUGCCCUACACGAGGUUGAAGGCCUUGCCCUGGUUAUGUUGUGUAAUCAUCGUGUUGUCACAAGAAAGCUGGCAGCCCAUCUGCUGAAAGAAGUGAAACAGAUCUUCUUGUGUGUUCCUGCAUUGUCAUCUGAUAAUGUUGUGUGUACGAGCCUGUUAGAGACGAUGGAUAAUGCCUGUCCUGCUGUAAUAGAGAGAUUGCUACCAUCGUUAAUACCAUCAGAAAGGACAUUUAUCCUGAACUGUUCAAGUGUUGAUUUACAAUGGUUGUUGGAGAGAUCAGCCACAGUUUGGAGUAGUUCCCAUGACACCAAGGAGUCUCAUUCUGAUUCUAACUUCUCGAAGGUGGAUCCAUGGAUGCAGUGCAUUGCUAUGUUUGUCUCAAAAGAUUUCGCUAUGACGUCAUGUCAUCUAGCCAUAGCUCAUGCAUGGCCCAUAGUGUAUACAAGACUUAAUGCUCUAUACACAUUGUUAGACCCUGGUAACAUGAUCAAUGAGAACAGGGCAUCAUCAUUUAUCCGGUCAGGAAGUAAGAAAGCACCUACUGAGAAAGAUCAUCAUAUGCAGCUAUGGCAGAAUUACGUCAUCUUAGCUUGUAGUGUGGCACAAAAUACACCUAUCACAGAUAUUGUUAAUAGGAUUGUACUUCCUGAACCAAGCACUUUGACAGAUGAGAAGUCAGACAAGAAUUCUAAUGUGUGCAGUAUGUUUAAACAGCUGGUUCCCCUCAUCAGAUGUGAGAGUGCAGACAUGAGGGAUACCAUCGUGAACGGUCUCGGAUAUACCAAUCCAGUAGUGUUCAAGGAGUUGAUGGAAGAGUUAGUGCCCUUGUUGAAGGAGGCAAUUGAGCGUAAAGCUGAGAACAUCAAGAGGCGAAGGAAACGUGAUGUCUUCCGUGUUCAACUUGCUCAUAUAUUUGAACUGAUGGCAGAACACAAAACAUUUGCACAGAGUGAGUCAGCAGUGAUAGAUGAUAACCACUGUUUAACAAAGCCAUUUGUAGAGUAUAUUGAUGGUGCUAGGAUAUACCUGGAGGGCGAGAGUGAUCGAGACUUGCCCACAUUACAGGAUAUCAGACUGCAUUUCAGCAAGUUUGUCAGACAUCUCAUCUGUAAUACACCCGUUGAAUAUAAACCGUCAUUGUUGACACGAGAGUUGAGGUACAGUCUGUUUGACUUGUUUGCAAGUUGGAGCGGAAAGUUCAGUCAUACAUCUAGUGCAAUAGAUAGAAGGUUGACAAAGGAUGAUGGAUGUACAGAGCUAGAGCUGGCUGCAGUGCGAGCCAUGUCGGCUGUCGUCUGCUGCGGUCCAGUAUUCGAUAUCAAUGGUCUGAAUGAUGACGGCUACAUAUACCACUGGCUAGAUACUUUACUGAGCUCUCAUGACGACAGGGAUAGAACUAUACGAUCUAAGAUGAAAGAGGAGGUCAAACUUCACUGCGUAUGUAGUUUGGAGGGAGAGUCCAAAAUAAAGAUGCUACAUCAGAAAAUUAAGGCGUGGAAAAUUUUGUGUGACCACACUGAAGCUUGUAUUUAUGAUCUGGCAAAGGAGACUGUAGUAUUGUUGCUGGACUACAACUCGGACAACCAGGGGUUACUAGACUGGGUAAUUGACAGGUGUUACACAGGGACUAAUGAAGUAUCUGAUGGCUGCUUUAAUGCCCUGGCUGCAGUGUUCCAAGCAAGGGAGUAUCCAUGUGAUCAUGUUGCCAUGCUGAACCUUGCCAUUCUAAAUGUGGGAAAUCCACGAAUGCCAACACAUGAGACUGCUGUACAACUGCUCCACUUACUGGACCGGAGGUUCUUCCAGGAAGAGUCAGUUCUUCGUGACAACAGUGAGCAACAUCAGGCAUUAAAUGACGUGUUUUUGUCUGUCUCCUACUGCAAGUCACAGAUGUUUAUGUCAGAUCAGCUAGCUAGACUUCAUCCAGAUCUGACCAUGCCAAUAUUUUCAGAGAUUACACACAGAUUUCAGACUGCUAAACCAGCAGUUAGACAAACACUGUUGAAGUAUUUGUUGCCAUGGUUACAUAACAUGGAGCUUGUUGACCCUUCAUUGCCACAGAGUAACCCACUGAGUACAUUCCUUAUCCGUCUCCAUGACAACUAUACAGAAACAUUUAAACCACCAUUGAAAGGAGAAGGCUGGGGUUCACAGGAAGCCACCAAGAUGGUUCUGAAUAACCUGUUCUAUAUAACUGUCAAGUUUGGAGAUGACCAUCCCCAGGAGCUAGAAUCUCUGUGGGCAGCUCUGGUAUUGUGUUGGCCAAACAAUAUCCGUGUAGUGAUGCAUUAUCUAGUUAUACUGAUUAACAUGGCUGCACCGGAACUCCUGUCUCAUGCUAAACGUGUGGUUGGUUAUAUUGGACGAGCUCGACCAGAACGACUGGUAGAUGAGCUUAUGGCAGAGUUACAAACAGUUGAGACAUUAAAUCUAAACAUAGAGAGAACACAGACACCACCGUUCUUCCGUCUGUCUGUCAUCAGAAGACCGACUAUUGUACCUAACACAACUGAUGAUGAGAAAUUAGAGAGUCAUGUGACCAACUUGGCAUUAGAGAAAGGAACGUUACACACAAAACGUCAUAGUGCUAACCCUGAUGAUGUUCUCUCUGAAACUACACCAAGGACUGAUUCAGCUCAGGAGAGUGACUCAAGUCUAGAGUCGGAGGACGAGAUGUCACUGCCCUCACCUAUGCGAGGAAGUUCUGAACAACGAAGAAAUGAGACAAAUGCACCAUAUCCCCUACCUAUGCCAGCAUAUGGAGGAUAUUUUGCACCAUUGUCAGAAUAUCUACCUGAUAGCCUUCAUCCCUCAGCAGGAUUUCACAGGAGUAAUAUUGCGAUUAUGUUUAUGUCAGACCUGGUUUUAGAUGGUCUGGAGAUUGACUGGUCGGCUCAUCUUCCCCUCAUGUUACAUGUCAUAUUCCUAGGUUUAGAUCACAACAAGGAACUGGUGUAUGAACAUUGUAAGAAGUUGUUGUUGAAUCUCAUGUUACUGGCAGCCAAUCAAGACUGUCCUGAGGUUGCUAGGCUGUUGCUAAGUUACCAGACCAACUUAGAUGAUACUCUUCAACUUAUCAAUGAAAGUAAAGAUUCAUCAGCAUCAGAACAAAAUAAUUCCAGUACAGAGGAGCAGCCAGAACCACGUCCUAUAUUCAGAGUUGACAGUUCUACAACACUGAUGCCAGGUACACCAGGUACCCCACCCACCCCAGAACAACCAUCAACCGAGUCUGUGACUGAAUCAACAGAUCCUGAUACUCUAAACUCUGUACUAGACAUUGUAAAAGUUGUCCUGGAUGUGAUGAGCAGAAGGAGAGGUCGACCACUUUGGUGCUAUGAGGACAUUACUCCUAAAACUCUUAUUACUCAGAGUGCCGAGCAGCUUGAGAAUCUUCUACGAUUUAUUGUCAAGUUCUUUAAAUAUCUGUCACCCCUAGCAUUGGUAGAGCAACGAUGGUCACAGGUUGCUAUGCAACUAGCAUUAUCAUGCUCUUCCAGGCAUUAUGCUGGAAGGUCAUUCCAGGUACUGAGAGCUUUACAUAUAAGACCAUCCUCACAGAUGCUUGCUGAUAUUUUAUCAAGACUGGUGGAGACUGUUGCUGAACAGGGGGAGGAUAUGCAGGGUUAUGUGACUGAAAUUAUUCUUACUCUGGAGGCUGUAGUUGAUAAUGUUGACCUUGAGAUUAGACCUAUCGAUUUCAUGCGAGACAUCUUCAUGUCUACACCAAAUUUGGCACAGAGCCAAGUGGGGGCGGAGUCAAGAAGAGGUGUUUUGAUGGCACCAAAAACGCAGCCCUAUCAGCAGCAACAUAUGCGCAGUAUUAGCUAUGCUGCACAAGGUGUGGCCAGUAAAGUAUCAAGCAUGACAGAUGCUAAAAAUAGAAGUGGUACGGAUCUUGAAAUGCGGCUAAAAGCAAAUGUCCCAAGGUCUCGUAGUGAGAAAACAUUGAAGAAUACAGAACAAGGUGUCGAGGAUAAGUUGACCAUCAUGACUCAGAUGUUCUGGAUUGCUGUGUCCCUGCUGGAGUCCGACUACGAGUAUGAGUUUCUACUGGCAACCAAAUUGUUGGAUAAAAUAUUACAGCACUUGCAGCCAGACAGACCAGAGUGUAGGGAGAAACUGGAGAAGAUACAACAACAAAUUAAAUGGACCAACUUUCCUGGUGUACAAACACUGUUGCUUAAGGGUUGUACAUCACAGAUUGCAGCAGAAAGUACAUGGCAGCUACUGACCAGGUUGACAGUCUGUAUUAACUCCUCUGUUGUAGAUCCUACAGGCAGCCAUGGUUUUCCCAUGAAUGUGAUAGCUCUGUUACCAUACUUGGUUCAUCAUUAUGAAAAUCCUUCUCAGUUGUGUAGAGACUCUGCUGACCAUAUUUCACAGAUUUGUGCUCAGAAAUCAGACAGAUUAAAUAAUCUGGGCACAGUUAUGUCCCUUUACAGCAGAGGAACAUUUGGUAAAGACAGUUUUCAGUGGACUAAAUGUGUAGUGAAAUAUUUACAUGAUGUGUAUGUACAGGCCAGUGUUUCCAUGGUUUCUUUUCUUGUAGAGGUGCUAGAAAAAGGUCCUCAUAGUUACCAGUUAGCAGUAUUACAGAUUUUACAUUGUAUGGUACAUUAUAUAGAUUUAAAUACUCAGCCAUCUGUUGUUCUCAACCAAGAAUUGUUCUACACGGUCUCCAAACAUGUUCAGGGUCCCCAUUGGAAAGAAGCAAUAAAGAUAUUAAAGCUUGCAGUGGCCAGGUCUUCAACACUUACAGCAGCUGCUUCUAGUACAUCAGAACAGACGUACGCUCUACAUAGAUCUCUAGCCGAGAUUGAUGUUCUACAUAAGAAAGAGUUGCCAGGCAGAACCCUUGACUUCAGUGUUGAUCUAUCUGGCACUUCUAUCAUUGGGAGGAAGUACUUAAAUCAAGAAUUACAUGGUUCCCCUCACAGUGAUACAACUACACCUAGUAAUCAGUCAUCUCUGAGUAGGAAGGGAUCCGGUAACGAGGCUGAUACUUGCUGGAAGAAACCACAAAAUUCACAGGCGAGAACAAGAGAGAGGCUCACAGAACUGCUGGCAUGUUAUGGUCAAAAGAGGUUACCAAAGAGUCCAUCUGAACUCUCUUUGAUGAAGGUAAUAUUCAGCCAGUCCAGUGAUACCCUGGAUCAUCAACAGAGUAUUGCAUCAAGUGGGGAAGAUUCUAUACCAGACAUUGCACAGUCAUCUGAUGGUAUAUACAGUGUGGACAGUAACGGGUUAGACAUGGUGAAAAUGACAAUCAAGAACUUUGACUUCCUGGGCGAGUACGAGGCAGAAUAUGAUUAUACCACUAACUCGCAUGACAAUGAUUAUUUCACAUCAUUUGAUCAAAGCAGACGUCAUUCAUUCAAUGAUUCACCUGAUCCUGAUCAUCCUAGACACAGGUCGUCACAGUUUGGCAGCACGCCAGAUCUUAAUUUACUUGGCAAGCUUUCACUGACAGAGAUCCCCGGUCACGGUAUUUCCACGGAGAGUAUUAAUAUAGACAGGGAGACAUUGUCGGGAAGGGAGUCUGUGUCAUCAACCCCAGAGGAGCCUCAUCACAGGAGUAUAACACCAUGUGCUAGCAGUGUUAUUGUUAUACAGAACCCUGGACUGAUGGAGGAGCAAGAAAAUAGUCCCAUGACUGAAUCUGUACAUAGUGUUGACAGCAUCUUUUCAAAGGUCAUCUUAGAGUCAUCUAUGACCAAUACAGUUUAUACAUCACAGAUCUUCCCCAAACUUUACAGGGAGCUGAGGAGAAGACUUGCUACAUUAACUAAAGAUGCUGUGUAUUAUAUUUCCAAGACAGAGGGACUGAAAAACAUUGGAGCUCAAUUAUUGCAGGCAUUAGAUACCAUGUUCACCCAUCUGGAAUGUCCAUAUUUCUUCAUUGAAACCGAUGUGUUGGUUGGUAGUAGAGUGGUAGACAAACACAAGUAUUGUUUACUAGAGAUGCAGGAAUGUUUUGAGACCUACUGUAUGAGGAAAGACCAAGCUGAACAGAGUUUAGAAGAAAUCAAGGUAUCAAUUAAACAGCAAUCACUUGGUGAUGGUGGAAGCUUUCCUAUACAAUGUAGUGAAGAACAGAAAUUAGAUCUGUGCCAAAAGUUAUAUAAACUAAUUUUCCAACUAGUUAUGCUGUUUGAAAGUUACAUCAAGCUUCUAGAUUGUUUCAAACUUGUACAGACAGCCUCACAGGUGAAUGAUAUUUCUGGACAAGUGGAGAGUAUUAAAGGGGAAGUAACUGCUGCCAUGUCAGAAUUAGAGAAUGGUCAGGCAUCACCACUAAAUGUUGACUCCCCUAAACCAGUCACAAAACAAGAUGCAUUCUCCAGUCUUACAGAGUAUAUCAAAAGUCAACAAUACCAAAAAGCAAUACAGCUUGUCAGAUCUUUCAGGACAAUGUGGCCUGGUGACAUGUUUGGACAAUCACAGGAUGAUGACCUUGUUACCCUGCUCAAUGUGUUUUGUAUUGAAAUGGCUGAAAAGAAAACAGGUGUAUUUGUAUUAACAAAGGUGGAGUUUGAUAUUGGUUUGUUAUAUAGCCAGUUAUUGGACAUUAAUCAACAAAUUAGAAACUGGACUAUACCCUCUCCUCAACAGUCAUGCACAGGAAACAACGACUUAUUGGACUCUAGUACAUUAUGAUAAUGUUUAUGUAUU